UCUUGCAUCGUUUCAGUGUCAAGUAGUGCUGUUUGUCUUUAUGGAAUUUAUCCAAUGAAUUCGCGUGUGAUAAUCGAAGCCAUCGAUGCGUUGUUCGAGCGCAUCGCCGAGUCGGUUCGCACGAAGAAUCAACCUAAUCAACCAGCCAACCUUGAGAGAAUAGACCUGCUGCAACUUGAAUCCCUGUUCAAUAAAGCACUCCUUGAACGAGCCUUACUGAUUGUUUACGGAAAGCGGCCCAUCGUUAUCUACCAGUCGCCGGACAAAGCAAACACAUUGGUCGAAGUUCCUGGAUCAGACGCUGCAAUCGUCUACAAGCAUUUUCCUUCAACUAACUACUGCUGCUGCGAGUCCUUCCGCUGCUCGGUGGUGAAACACAAGAGCCAAGCGCUUUGCAAACACCUUCUAGCGACGCGCCUGGCCCUGGCACUGAAUCGAAUUCAAGUCAUACCAUUGCCUAACGAUACUAUCGUCGAUCUGAAGCGGCAAUUUAUCAGCGAUUUUAUAGAAAAGAUUAGGAAAUAA